CGAGAUUGACUCGCACUGGACAGUUCGACGUCGACCACCACUUUCAGGCUGGCCAUGAUAUUCCACCUUCCUUCGAACACUCUGUUCAUCUUUCAAAUCUCCAUAACCACAAAUUAAAACUCCAAAUCUCAACUCUGCAGCUCAUUUCUCCAUUGUUUUUCUUUGUAAUUCUGAAGAAAAACGCUGAUGGAGUGCUCAUGUAAAAAAACGGUGAAACAGAAUCCAGGAGAAUGCGUACUGGAGAGCAUUGAAAUCGAUCACAUGGUGACCGAUGAGAAAACCGCCGAACUAAGAGAUUUAAACCAAGUGAACGCGAAGCAGAGAAACUGCAAUGAUGAUGUGAAGAAGACCGUCGUCGAGACUUCUCAGCCGGUCGUUGGAAUUAGAAGACGACGGAAGGGAUUUAACAUGUUGAGGUUUCUGGAACGUUUCAAAGACGGAAAAGAAGAGGAAGCAUGGAAGGCAACUGAGAAGCGUUUUCGUCAACAAGCUCCUAAUGGAAAACUUUCCAGAGACAAAUUUGGAGCCUGCAUUGGGAUGAAAAAGGAUUCAACGGAUUUUGGUGGGGAACUGUAUGAUGUAUUGGCAAGAAGAAGAGGGAUAAUGGGAGCGAAAGGGAUUACGCUGCAAGAAUUGAGAGCGUUUUGGGAAGACUUAACAAAAGAAGACCUAGAUUCACGGCUUCGGAUAUUCUUUGACUUGUGUGACAAAAAUGGCGACGGGAAGAUCUCGAGGGAAGAGGUGAAGGCGGUACUGGAGUGGAGUGCUUCUGCAAACAAAUUGAAAAACCUCGAGAAAGAAGCUGAAACGUUCGUAUCUCUGAUCAUGGAAGAGCUUGAUCCAGACCGCAAUGGAUUUAUUGAGAUUGAGCAUAUGGAAACUCUAGUGAAGGCAAUGUGGAACUCUGAAGAAGAAAAAAGGUUGCAGAGCCAAGAUUCUAAACUUCAGGCAUCAGCCCUGAUUCUAGGAAGAUGCAAAACUCCAGCCAGCAAAUUUCUGAAGGAAACAGAAGAAGCUAUAAUUGCAAAUUGGAAAAGAAUCUGGGUUUUGAUACUGUGGCUAGCAAUAAAUUUGGGUCUAUUUGCUUGGAAAUUCAUGGAGUAUAGAGAAAAGGGGGUGUUUGAAGUGAUGGGUUAUUGUGUUAGUGUUGCAAAGGGAGCAGCUGAGACUCUUAAAUUCAAUAUGGCUCUUAUUUUGUUUCUUGUUUGUAGAGGCACAUUAACCAAACUUAGAUCCACACGUCUCAACUCCAUUUUCCCUUUUGAUGAUCAUAUCCAUUUCCAUAUGGUGGUUGCUGUAGCCAUUGCAGUGGGUACUUUCCUUCAUGUCAUAAUGCACUUAGCCUGUGAUUUUCCAAGAUUGAUCUCAUGCCCAAACAACAAAUUCAUGGCAAUUCUUGGGUCAAAUUUUGAUUUCAAGAAGCCAAGUUACUCUGACUUGGUUGCAAGUAUUCCCGGUGUUACAGGAAUCCUCAUGAUCAUGAUAAUGGCCUUUUGCUUUACAUUGGCAACUCCUUUAUUCAGGAGGCAUAAAGACAAGUUACCUCCACUGCUUCAACAUUUGGCAGGCUUCAAUGCCUUCUGGUAUGCACAUCAUUUGCUUGUUCUCUGUUAUGUCCUACUGAUCAUUCAUGGCUACUUCAUAUUCCUGGUUCAGGAAUGGUACAAGAAAACGACAUGGAUGUACGUUGCAGUUCCAGUAUUUUUGUAUGUGAUUGAGAGACUUCUUAUAAAAUUCUACGAAUUUUAUGAUCAAGUUAAUGUGAUAAAGGGGGUAGUGUAUGAAGGAAAUGUUCUAGCACUAUACCUGACAAAACCUCCAGGAUUUGAGUACGAAAAAAGUGGAAUGUAUAUGUUUGUUAAGUGCCCGGAUAUAUCAAAAUUUGAAUGGCAUCCAUUCUCUAUCACUUCUGCACCAGGAGAUGACUAUUUGAGUGUCCAUAUACAAGCAGUAGGAGAUUGGACAACUGAGCUCAGAAACAGAUUUCAAAAGGUCUGUGAUCCUGACAGUAUAAAGAGGAAGAAGGGUGGUAUCGUUAGACAGGAAACUAAAUUAUAUUCAGAUUACGUUCCUUCAGAAUCAAGGAAGCAAUAUCCCCAGAUUUUGAUCAAAGGACCAUAUGGAGCCCCAGCACAAAGUUACAAGAAUUACGAUAUUCUAUUGCUCAUAGGCCUUGGAAUUGGGGCUACUCCAAUGAUCAGCAUUUUGAAAGAUUUAUUAAACCACAUAAAAAAAAGUGACUCCCACACUACUGAUGCUCAAAAGGUCCCGAAGAGAGCAUAUUUCUAUUGGGUGACAAAGGAACAGGCAUCAUUUGAUUGGUUUAAAGGUGUCAUGGAUGACGUUGCAGAGUACGAUCACGACAAAAUAAUAGAAAUGCACAACCACUUAAGUUGUGUGCACGAGGAAGGAGACGCACGAUCCGUGCUCAUCACCAUGCUGCAACAAAUUCAGCAAUCUAGAGGUGAAGAAGUGGACGUUGUUUCAGGAAGCCGGAUAAGGACUCACUUUGCAAGACCGAACUGGGAGAAAGUUUUUGCAGGGUUGGCAUCUAAACACAAAGGUUCUGAAAUAGGUGUAUUUUACUGUGGAACAUACAGUCUUGUGAAGGUAUUACGUGGUCACUGCAAAAACUUCAGCGAUAGUUCAAGAUCAACAAGGUUUCGUUUUCACAAGGAGAACUUUUAAAAAAGUUGUAAAAUUAAAGGUAUCACCUUUUAGAGAUAUUGAAUCUUUCCACUUGUAAGCUGCUUGGUUUUCGCCUCAAAAUGUUAUAAAAAAGGAAAGGGAAUGCUUUAAAUUCCACUAUCUAGCAUAGCAAUUUGUUGAAUCUCCCAUCAACUUUGGCUGGUCUCUAAUAAUUGUUGCCUAACAGAUAUCGAUUUCUAUCAAGGAAAAAAAAGUGUAUUUUUAUCAAA